GGCGUCGCGGAGCAGGUGCUGGCGAGCCCCGCGCAUGCCGCUGCCCGGCCCGAGGUGGUAGCGGCGCCCGGCGCGCUACGCCCGCCUCUCCUUCGGGCCGCACUCGGGCUCCGGCGCGCGCGGGGACAUGUCGGUGGCGACGGGCAGCAAAGAGGCGGCCGGCGGGGCCGGUGGCGGCGGCGCGCGGGUUUUCUUCCAGAGCCCCCGCGGUGGCGCGGGCGGUAGCCCGGGCUCGAGCAGCGGCUCGGGCUCCUCUCGGGAGGACUCGGCGCCGGUGGCCACGGCGGUUGCUACCGGGCAGGUUCAGCAGCAGCAGCAGCGGCGCCACCAGCAAGGAAAAGUGACAGUGAAAUACGAUCGCAAGGAGCUUCGGAAGCGGCUGGUGCUGGAGGAGUGGAUCGUGGAGCAACUGGGACAGCUGUACGGCUGCGAGGAAGAAGAAAUGCCGGAUGUGGAAAUUGACAUUGAUGAUCUGCUUGAUGCAGACAGUGAGGAAGAGAGAGCUUUAAAAUUACGGGAAGCUCUCGUAGACUGCUACAAGCCAACAGAGGAAUUUAUCAAGGAGCUGCUGUCUCGAAUAAGAGGCAUGAGGAAGCUGAGCCCCCCGCAGAAGAAGACUGUGUAAUUCCAGCACGGUGGACUUUCUCCGAGACCCAGAAAGGGAUUUGGACUUCAUGAAGACAUUUAUUAAAGAAUAGUUGUCCUUACGAGCAACUUUUGGGGGGGAAGGGGGGUGGUAUCUAUUAGACAUUUAUUCAGGAGUGUUCCUUUGUUGUUUCUAAGGGUUUUGUUAGUAUAAUAUUUUAAUAGCAAAGACAUCAAGACUCUGGUUUCAGCCCAACCAGGGAUGAUCAAACCAGCCUGACACGCAAGGAUGGGCUGGACCAGGCAGCAUCUUCUUGGAGAAAUCAGAUGUUUAGCACCUAACUCUACAGGGAUGAUGGUUUUCUUACAGCUAGUUUGGUAACACGUUUUCUCCUAAGUUGUACAUUUGACUCGAUGUCGAAUUUCUCAUAUUGUAUAUAUCUACACGCAACUAAAUUAAAAUGUAGAGGUGAAUUUUAUUUCACAUUGAUGGAAUAAACUCGUGGUCGUCCUUCCCUGGAGGUCACAGCACGUGCGUGUUCAAGAGGCCGCUGGGUGUGCACGUGACUGCCGUGACCUUCAGCGUUCACCUUAUGCGCCAAAGCGAAAAGGCUUCACUGCAUCCGUUAUUUGAAUGAGCUACACUACAGAGCUGUGGAGUUGGUCAUAGGGCUUAAUUUAUGGACUUUGUAUUCUUUCGUUAAUGGGGAUGCUUCGCCAGGUCCUGUGCUUUUUGCCUCCUUUGUGGUAUUUUCAAGUUUUCGGAACCCUGUAUUGGAAUGACUCUUUGGAUUUCUAGAGAAACAUCCGUGCCGUCUGAGUGGUGGUUUGCAGUGGAACAAGGAAGCCCCGUACAGCACUUCAUUCUGCUUUCAACCAAAUACUGUGUAUUGUUCUCUCUCUCUGAAAGCCAGUCCUAAGGAAGGGAGCAGAUCAUGCGUCUUCCUCCUUAGAAGGAGAUCUGGUCGCUUGGGGGCCUGGGCCGCAUCAGACCAGAGAGGGUAUGAGCUGAGUGAUGAGCGGGUGGAGAAGUGAGAAAGCCUCGCCUCCUCUUAAGAAAGAUGAUACAGGAGCAUUUGCUGGUUUGGAAGCACGAUGGAGAUUUCCUUUCCGGCUUCUCUCAGUGGCCUUGGGGGAGGACUCUGGCUCCUGGCCCUAUUCCUGCACCCGGAGCCCCUCGCUCAGAGCUGAGCUUGGGGCGCCUGCCCUGCCCCCUCUCAGUUCUCCGCCAGCUCCUUGGAGAAGGAUCAAAAUUCAGAUGGAUGUGGGUGGGGUCAAAGGUCAGAUAGAACCUCUUGCUACCCUCCAGGAGGCCCCCACCGCCUCCCUACAGAAAGCCCCACAUACUGUAAGGUGUCCCUAGGCGGCCCUGUCAGAGGAUGGGGCCCAGGCAUUUUAUAUCAAGGGUGCUCUGAACAUAAUUUUAUUUUUAAAAAGAACUAUGUUUGUGAAUUUUAUGUAUACUGGCAAGCUUUUGAAAAUGUAUUUAAUUUUGUAAUGUUUACCAAUGAUUUAUUUACAAGCUAUUUACUCAAAUAAAUGGAGCUGCUUACAACA